CUAAAGGAAAACAUACAAAUUUUUGUUGAUGCAUGUAGUUAGCUAUCUAUCUUUCUGCCCAUUGUCUUUUAACCGAAGACCGUUAGCUAAUAUCAUAUGUCCAAUAUGACAUGUAUUUGUUUUGUAAGAUAUCUGCAUACUCAUUGACAUGGUUUAACAAUAGUUUUUGCAGUAUAAGUUUCUACUUUCAAUUCACAUGUAAACAAACAGCAUUGCUAGCUAGUUGCUCUUAUUGCGAGUGAAUUUCAUCUGCAUGUUGACAGUUUUUCCACCAUGAAAGGGCUUUACUGUAAACUGGGUGAAACCGCUGCAGAGGCUAAAUUUGUCAUCCAGGAAACGAAUGUACCCAGUGCCCUCGGUAGCAACCAGGUCAAAGUGCAAGUGAAGGCAUGUGCCCUUAGUCCAUUGGAUAUAAAACUCCAUGAGGAUCUAAAGUUGCAAACGGACCUGGUGCCAGUAGGGAGGGAGGUUGUUGGGAUCGUCCUCCAAGUUGGGCCUAAGGUUACUUUUUUCCAACCUGAUGAUGAAGUUGUAGGAAUUCUGCCCUUGGAUACAGAGAUGUCUGGUUUGUGCGAUGCCGUUGUCAUCAACGAGCAUCAUCUUGUGCAGAAGCCAGAGAAGUUGAGCUGGGUGGAGGCGGCAGGGGCCAUUCGGGAUGGACUCCGGGCCUAUACAGCCCUCCACACCCUAGCCCGUAUGGCAUCUGGGCACACACUGCUGGUGCUGGACGGAGCCAGUCCCUUAGGAGUUCUGGCCAUCCAGCUGGCCCACUACCAUGGGGUUAAAGUACUGGCGUCAGCCCUGUCCUCCGAGGACCAGAAGUUCCUGGAGGAGCUUCGGCCCAGCGUUGGAGUGCGAGAGUCUCUUGUAGCCAGAGUGAUAGGCGUGUGGGAUGCCAAGGUGGACCUGGUGGAUUCCUGUUUGGAAGAGACGGGCGGUCUAGGGGUGGACAUUGUCAUGGACUCUGGAGUGAGAUUACAUGAGGAGGAGCCAGAAGCCAGGCGUCUUCUGCCCUACAAGCAUGACAUCAUCACCCUGCUCGGGGUUGGAGGUCACUGGGUUACAACUGAGCAAAAUCUGCAGCUGGACCCUCCAGAUAGCCGCAGCCUCUUCCUGAAGGCCGCCUCCCUGUCCUUCCUCAACGAGGAGGUGUGGGGGGCAUCCAGCGCCCGCCAGGGGAGGUACCUCCACAUCAUGAAGGAUAUAGUGGAGAAGCUUUCCACUGGGACCUUAAGGCCCCAGCUAGAGGACCCGGUGCCUUUGUACGAUGCCAUAGUUUCCAUGGAGAUGGUGCAAAAGAAACAAGUCAGGAAGAGGUUGGUGAUUCAACUCUGAGGCGGACAGAGUGGUCCAGCAUUCUCCUUGUUAAAGACAGGCUCCCAAAUUCUGCCUCUCAUAUGUCCUAUGUAUUUGUGGCCAGUCAUUCCAGUACAAUGUAAAUAUGUGCCAAGUGUCAGUUUCUGAUUUUAUCAAAACAUAUCAAAUGAGAUGGAUAUCUAAUAAUGUUUGUUCCACUUAGUGUAAUUACAUUCAGUACAUUGAGGCUGUCUUUUUAUUAAAAUUUAAAAUCUUCAAGCAUGAA